CUUCUUCUUCUCCUUCUUUCUUUCUCUUUCUUUUUUCCCUGCCCUGGGUCUCCAUGGCUGCGACGAACCCAGCCUUGCUGGGUUCCGAUGAGACCCAGCAGGCUGGGUUCGGGGAGACCCAGCCAAAUCUGGGUUUCGUCAAACCCAGAUCUGGCUGGGUUCCGUCGAACCCAGCUUGGCUUGGUUUCCCCGAACCCAGCCUAUCUUGGUUUCCCCGAACCCAGCAAGGCUGGGUUCCGACGAACCCUGCUGGGUCUCGUCGAACCCAGCCUUGCUGGGUUUACCCGAACCCAGCUAUUGGGUUCGACGAGACCCCAGCUGGGUUCCGAUGAACCCAGCUUUGCUGUUUCGAUGUUGAAUUUAUGUUUUUUUCAUUUUUCUUUGGAUUUUUAUUUCUAGUUGUUAAUAAAUUUGAGAGUUGAUUUACAAUUUGAUUGUAUUUUUGUUGGAGUUUGAUUGAUAUUGUUUAUUUUGUUUAUUGAAUGGUUAAUUUGAUUUGAUAAGAUUUACUAAGUUUGAGGCUUGAAUGAAACCCAGUAACUGGG